AUGGUCGCUAUUUUUUCAAAUUAUUUGGAAAAUACAUCCGUAUCUGAUGUAAUUCACUUGUAUUGGAACAGUGCUAUAUUAUAUCUAACUGAUAUAUUCGCAUUUUUACGCACCACGGAGGUGGACACCUAUUUCCAAAGUUUCGCAAACAUAUUUGAUGAUUUCCAGUGGAAUCUGUUACAAAUAUUCAUCUGUUUGAUUGUAAUUAAUCUGAUAUCGAUCGCUAUCGUUUGGAAAUACUACGGAGAAUCAAUUUGUAAACAUUUCAUGACAAACCCUACUUUGCGAGAGAUCGAGGAGCUAAAAGCUAGCGUAGCGAAGCUAAAACUGCCUAAAGAGCACACGCCUAGGAUCUAA